UGCAUAGAUAACACAACGGCACCGGACAGGAAAAGCUUGUUGAAGAUAAACCAAAGGUCUUUCAGAGUAUCCUCAAUCUAAAGCACAUCUACGCGCUCAAUCUUUACCCAAUUCUCUGCUCUUUUACCUUUCAAUGAACCCCAAUUCACGCCAGAAUCAAUAAAGUCGAUUCUGUAUAAAUUUAUUUGGCUUCUUGAAGCUGAGGCUUGGUAUUUUUUUUUGCUUAGGCAGUGAGGUGAUCUUGUGAGUUUCGCAAUUUGGCGAAGUGGAUUCGUGGAAAUUGGUUAGAUGAAGCUAAUCUCUGGUUGGGUUCGUGAAAUAUUGCGAAUCUCUUCAAAGUUGGGGUUGGUUUAGAGUUUUACCGGGUUUUGAUUCUACAAUAUUUAGAGGUAAGUUUUUCAUAGUUUGGUACUUUGGUUAGUGGAAGUUGUUGAGAUUAGGUUGUUUGGUGAGGUUUUGUACUCGGUGCUUUCAACUGUUUUGGUGAGUUAUUCGUGAUUGUUCUCUAGCUAUCAAGUUUGACUCUUUGGUUUGAUUGAAGAAGCUCAUUAGCUGAAUUUGUGUGAUGGAUUUGAUUGGGAGUGGCUUACAUUUAAUGUGCUUAAUUGGCAAGAGCAUAAACUCGAAGCAAUCCGGAGGAAUAAUGGUGAAUUAGAUUGUUGGGGUUUUAGAUAAGAAGGUGUUUGUUGAGUUUUGUAUUGUGGUAUCGUUGAAGAGAUGCUGAGAUUUACUAUUUUGUUGGUGACGUGAGACUUUGUACCGGAAUCCACCAAGUUCAAUAGAAAGUUGCGUUCUGGGUUUCAUUGAGGUUUUGUAUUAUAAUAGCGGAAGUUUUAGAGAUGGCUGUGACAAACAAAACCAGAAAUAUGCUUGAGGGUCUUGUAAGAGAUGGGUCUUUCAAAUGGUUGCUUAGCAGGCGGACUUCAUUCAAUGAAGAAUUUGAAGAGAUGGAGAGGUCUCCAUCUGGAGGGAGGAAUUGGAUAGCAGAGCUUUCGCCUGUUGCUAAUAUAGUUGUUCGCCGAUGCUCAAAAAUGCUUGGCAUUUCCUCAAGUGAGCUUCAAGAAAGCUUUAACAAAGAGGCCUCUGAUUCAAUAAAGCAUCCCUCACGGUAUGCUAGGAACUUCUUGGAAUACUGUUGCUUCAGGGCACUUGCUCUCUCUACCGAAGUAACAGGUCAUUUGUCUGAUAAAAGAUUUAGACGCCUAAUAUAUGAUAUGAUGAUAGCUUGGGAGGUCCCAGCAGCUUCAAGCCAACCAUUAGUCAAUGUGGAUGAGGAUACUACUGUUGGAGUGGAGGCCUUCUCUCGAAUCGCUCCAGCAGUUCCAGUUAUUGCCAAUGUAAUUAUCUGUGAAAACCUUUUUGAGGCUCUCACAUCUUCAACUGGUGGUCAGCUUCAAUUCUCAAUCUUUGACAAGUAUCUAACUGCACUAGAAAGGGCAAUAAAAAAGAUGAAGACCCAAUCAGAGUCAUCUAUUCUUACUGCCCUUCGAUCGUCAAAAGGAGAAAAGAUUCUGGAAAUAGAUGGGACAGUGACCACCCAGCCAGUUCUAGAGCAUGUGGGAAUAUCUACCUGGCCAGGCCGGUUGACUUUGACAGAUCAUGCACUAUAUUUUGAAGCUCACCGUGUUGUAUCGUAUGAGAAGGCAAAAAAAUAUGAUUUAUCUGAAGAUCUAAAACAGGUUGUUAAGCCUGAAUUGACAGGACCAUGGGGUACUAGACUCUUUGACAAGGCAGUCUUUUAUAAAUCUACUUCCCUAUCAGAACCAAUUGUCUUAGAGUUUCCUGAGCUUAAAGGGCAUACUCGUCGUGAUUACUGGUUAGCGAUUAUCAGAGAAAUUUUAUACACUCACAGAUUCAUAAAGAAGUUCCAGAUCAAAGGAGUUGUGCAGGAUGAAGUACUUUUAAAAGCUGCACUUGGAAUUCUAAGAGUACAAGCCAUUCAAGAAAUUAUCACUGCAAAUUCUGUACGCUUUGAGAAUCUCCUCAUGUUUAACCUAUGUGAUCAGCUUCCAGGUGGAGAUUUGAUUCUGGAAACUCUUGCAAACAUGUUAUCUGUAAGGGAGUUAGACAGGACUAACAGUUCCAGAGCUGGAGGUGAAAUGCACUCAAUCUCAGCAUUGGCUAUGGUUUCUAACUUUGGGUUUGUGCUCGGAUCAAAUUCAAGUAAUCCCAAUGAGGCUGGGCUUGUUGUGGGUGAGAUAGCUGUUGGGGAGAUGAGUUCAUUGGAAAGAGCUGUAAAGGAGUCUAGAAACAGCUAUAUGAAAGUUGUGCAAGCACAAGAAACAGUUGAUGGAGUUAAAGUAGAUGGCAUUGACACAAACUUGGCAGUAAUGAAGGAGUUACUUCUUCCUGUAAUGGAAGUUGGAAAGUGGCUUCUUUCUUUGGCAUAUUGGGAUGAUCCUCAGAAGUCUUCAGUUUUCUGUUUGGUUGUUGUUUUUAUUAUUUGCAGGGGAUGGCUUGGUUAUGCUUUGGCAUUGCUGCACAUAUUUUUUGCAGUCUUUAUGGUGCUCACAAGAUUCUUUAACCAAGGCAAGCCUGUUGAUGAAGUUAAGGUAAUAGCACCACCACCUAUGAACACAAUGGAGCAGUUCUUGGCCGUUCAAAAUGCAAUUACGCAAGCGGAACAGCUCAUCCAGGACAGCAACAUCUUUCUUCUCAAGCUGCGUGGCUUACUGCUCUCCAUUUUUCCGCAGGCAAGUGAGAAGGUUGCAGUUACUCUUUUGUUAACAGCAUUGAUUCUGGUCUUUGUCCCCUGUAAGUACAUAGUGGCACUGGUAUUUUUGGAGACUUUUACAAGAUAUUCUCCGCCGAGGAAAGCAAGCACAGAGAGAUGGACUAGGAGAUUGAGAGAAUGGUGGUUCAGCAUACCGGCAGCACCUGUAAUUCUGGAAAGAGAGAAGGAAGACAAGAAGAGGAAGUGAAAGUACAGUUUUACAAGUACAUGAUUGUAAAUUAAUGCCUUUUGUUCCUGCAGAUUCAGUAUUUUAGUGUAAAUUUCAACAAUAAUAUGAAAGAAGAAAGAUUGUAACCCACAUCAGUAAUCCAAUCAAUUGUUUCUCUUGUGUGAUA